UCUUAUUAACACCCACAAUCUUAACACUGAAGAUUUCUGGACGCUCGGAAAAUUGAAAUUUCCGGCAAAGUGAGCAAGCAGCCAAAUUUCAUGUCACAAUAAACUAAUUUGAAAAUAUGAAUUUAUUUUAUCGAUUAAAACACGGUAGACUCCCCCCUACGUCUAGGACAAAAAACUCAAACAAGGGUUUGAUCAAUACUUUUUUCCGUGUCCACUCAACAACUUCGACCAGAGCACACAGAGACGGAAAAUUCGCCCCAGUGACGCUCAGUAGUUUCACUGGCCAGUUGCCAGGGAGAAGUUGGUGGCUUUUUUUCCGUAUCAUUUCACCAAUUUUCUGUGUCUCAUUCUUCCCUCGUUUUCCCGGAAGUAUAUAGCUAAUAUCAAUCUGACAAUGGCCAAAACACCCAAGACAAUGGUGGAAUUAAUUGAUGAGACUGCUUAUGAGGAGGAGGAAGAAGAAAUUGUUGAGGAAGAUCUUGGUUCAGUGGAAACAUCAGAGAAAUCUUCAAAUAUAUCCAUCCCAGAAGCAUCCCAUGUCAAAGAACAAUUCCUAGCUCAAGAGAAUACAAAGGAAAUCCAAGAAGAGGAACCAGAGAAUACCAAGGAAGAUUACGAAAAUGAAACUUUAGAGUAUGAGUCAAAUUUUGAGGUGGAAAUUAGAAGCACACCACCCAGCAAUUUACCAGAAGGAGUUCACCUUUUCAAUAUGAGCCUCUUGCAUUCCACCCUUGAUGACAUUUCCCUUCCGCCCAUGCGAAGGAGACCCUUCAAGAAUGGCACUAGGCAAAGUUUAACCUUUACCAAUGACCAAAUGUGGGAGAUUGAGAGACAAAAUCGCAUCUUAAUGGAGAGAAUCUUUCGCCCAUCUGGCUCAAGUCGCUGCUCCCUGAGGCCACCGGAGUUUCAGCCAAAUUCAAGAACUUCAAGCGCAGCAAUCAAUAGGAAGAAGCGCGAUCGCCAAAUUCAAUUGGAUAAUCAAGUACUUUACAGAAAAUUGCAAGCAAUUAAAUCAAGACGACCAAAAUAAUUUAGAAGAAGUACCGCACAUUUUAUAUAUAUAUACCCUUUUUCAAUAAACACUUUUUAACCAAACUUUAA